UUGGAGUUUGCCACCCAAUCAGCAGGCAGUAACAUUCAAGGGACCAACUCACAGUCGAACGAUGACGUUGUCAUGUUGCCCCUCUCUGCUGCCCCCUGCUAAGCCAUCAUCCCACCACCGUACCGUCGGGCUUCUUGACCAUCGUUGGCAGGCACGCGAACGCAAGCACUCCGGUUAAAUACCUCCGUUCCCUUACGUUUCCUUACCUUCGUACCUCACCUUGAAAUACCUCCACCUCAAUUCAUCGGAAUCAUAAAACCUCUGAGCAAACAACCCCAAACACCAGACAACAAAUACCGCGAUCAAUCACUGCAACUUAAUAAAUCGUUCAAAAUGACCAACACCGUAACAGUUAAAAACAUCUCGGCCAAGACCGACGAUAAGGAGAUUCGAGACUUCUUUGCCUUCUGCGGCAAGAUCACCGACCUUCAGGUCAACACCGAGGGCGAGACCAAGAGCGCUACCGUCAUCUUCGAGAAGGAGACGGCUGCCAAGACGGCCCUUCUACUCAACAACACCCAGCUCGGUCCCUCUCACAUCUCGGUCACUACCGACUCGCCUGUCGGCGACGGUGCUCACCCCGAAAAGACCAAUGCAGACCGUGACUCGGAUGAGAUCACUCAAGAGGAUAAGCCACGCGCGCGCAUUCUGGCAGAGUACCUCGCUCACGGUUACGUAGUCGGCGAUGCGGCUAUCCAAAAGGCCAUCGACUUGGAUCAGCAGCACGGAGUCUCGUCGCGUUUCGUCGGCACUCUUCAGAACCUUGACCAGAAGUACCACGCCACUGACCGUGCCAAGACUGCUGACCAAAGCUACGGCAUCACCACCCGAGCCACAUCUUUGCUUACUGGCAUCAACUCGUACUUUGAGAAGGCUGCCAGCACCCCAACCGGCAAGAAAAUCGUUGAUUUCUACACGCAAUCGUCAAAACAGGUUCAGGACAUCCACGCCGAGGCUGUCCGGCUUGCUGAACUCAAAAAGCAGGAUGCAGGUGGUAGCGCGGCCAGGGCUGCUGGCCUUGAGAAGAUCCUAGGUACCGGCGGUGCUGGCGCUGAGAAGUCCAAAGAUGGUGCUUCGGAUUCGCCCGCCGCCGUUCCUGGAACGGUGCCUGCCAGUGGUGGUGCCACGACCACUGAGAAGCCCAAGACGAACCCAGUUGAGCCCGAGCCCAAAGUUUGA